GUCUCCGCGUGUUGUUGCCUAACGAUUUCUCGCCGAGUACGUAGCGAUAACCCUUCACACCGCUGUGAUAAGUCGACUGGGCGUACUCGAACGUUAACGGUCUGGAAAGAACGCGAGUGGAAGCGAUACAAACACAAAAACUUAUUUCUAUAGGAAGGCGAGGUUUUGAUUUACGUCGCUACCGUUAGAUGUCAGUAUGUCGCCGAUAUUGCUGCACGUGCUACGUUGCCGAAGUUUAAAUAAGUUGGCUAUUCCGGUCAGAUUAGUGCCGACGGUUACCACAGUUAACUCGCAAUUGUGUUCCGUGUUCAACAAAUUUGUAAGAAACAUGUCGUAUACAACGAUCGAGAGGGGUACAUUAAAUACCGUCGAUUACAGAAUUUAUUUCAAGAACAAUGCUGGUCCUAUUUCACCCAUGCAUGACAUUCCACUUUAUGCCGACGAAGCUAAUAAAAUUGUUAAUAUGGUAGUCGAAAUACCAAGAUGGACAAAUGCAAAAAUGGAGAUUAAUCUCAAGGAGACCUUAAAUCCUAUUAAGCAGGACAUUAAAAAAGGCAAAUUAAGAUAUGUUGCAAAUUGUUUCCCACAUCAUGGAUACAUAUGGAAUUACGGUGCGCUACCACAGACAUGGGAAAAUCCUGAUGUGCUGGAUGAAGCAACCGGAUACAAAGGGGAUAAUGAUCCCAUUGAUGUUAUUGAAAUUGGAUAUAGGGUUGCAAAAAGGGGUGAAAUUUUGAAAGUAAAAAUUCUUGGUACAGUUGCACUUAUCGACGAAGGUGAAACUGAUUGGAAAAUUAUUGUUAUCGACGUUAACGAUCCUUUGGCGGAACAGAUGAAUGAUGUAGCAGACAUUGAAAAACAUUAUCCAGGUCUAAUGAAAGCUACUAUAGAAUGGUUCAAGAUUUACAAAAUACCAGAUGGUAAGCCAGAAAAUCAAUUUGCGUUUAAUGGAGAGGCAAAGUCAAGGGAUUUUGCAUUACACGUAGUGGAAGAAGUGCAUCAACACUGGCAAAACCUUAUUAAACGAGAAGCACCUGCAGGUGGAAUUGCAUGUACAAAUGUUACUAUCGCGGACAGUCCUUUCAAAAUUAGCGUGGAUACUGCCGAAGAAAUACUAGAGAAAGCUCCGGAGACAUCAGAACCGCAACUAGUCGAUCCAUCUGUCGAUAAGUGGCAUUAUGUACAUCUUAAGUGAGAGUAAGAGGGAUAUUCACGCAUCGACACAUCUUUCGAUGUUUGCACAUAGAUGUUCGUUUUGCUGGCACAUGAUGGAAUACAGUGUCUUAUUCCCACAAGUUGCUUCAUCGUAACUAUUAAUACAUCUUAUAAUUCUAGAUCAUAUUUGAAUGUUGCAAGCAUGUGCUUGCAGUACCGAAACAAGUGAUAUUUACCUACACACAGUGAAACAUGACAGCUUGAUUAUAGAUACAUUUUAAUAUAAUAGCUUUACGAAAGCAAAUAUCUGUAAUUGAAAGACGAGUAGAAAGUUUUUUCCGAUCCGGUUGAAUGAUUUAAUAAAGUUCCUUGUUACUGUACUGUAUGUACAUAUUCAUAAAUAAUGGGUACUAGGAAAUGAAUAUAAUCUUGCGAAAGGUUGUGAUACAGUUUUCCAUAAAUAUGGAGACAGGUAUUCUAGAUAAACGAGAACAGAGUUUUGUUUCGAAUAUUUGUUAUAUUACAGAUAUCUAAUACAACAAAUUAGUCGAAGA